AGGGCUUUUGUGCCUGCUAAUUGCACCAUUUGUGCGCAAAAGUUCCAGUGCGAAGUGUCAACUCUCAACAAAAGGAAACCUGAGACAACUGGAGUGCCCUGGUUUAUGUGCCCGCUCCUCCUCCACCGCCGCCGCCUCCUCUUUCUCCUUCCUCCCGCCGAGCCUGCUGUUGCAGCUUGUUUGCACUGGGGCUUAUCCGGAGCGGAAAUUCCUUUCCGUUUUUGUGAAUGACAAACUCAUUAACAAUUCAUCAACACAACCUGUUCCAGCCGGCCCGUCCCCACGGCAACAGCCACUUCCGCAGCGCGCUCAUUGGCUGGCUCUGAGAAUGUAUCCAUUGAGACGCUCGCUGUUUGUAUCCAUUGAGGAGCUGCCUAGCGCAGGGGUUGUGCGAAGACUGAGACCGAGGGACAGUGAGCAAAUAGAGGCUCGAAUAAGCCCAGGAGAAAGACACCCGGGUGGGUUUGAGGUGCAGCCUUGGAGGGAGGGAUUAGGAGCCUCUGGACUUUUUUUCUUUCUCUCGGUUCAGUAGCACGGAGUCCGGAGUCCGGAUUAAUUGGAUUUCAUUCACUAGGGAGGGACAGAACUGUCUAGGCAGCUCCAUUCAGAGAGAUCCAUUGACACCAAGAGCGGCAGCAGCACAGUGCAGAGGGAACCGCCGGCUUCCCUUCUGUCUCGCCCUCCCCAACCGCUAACCCGGUUUGGGAAAGGCGAGGCGGAAUCAAACCCUGCUCCGGGAGCGGCAGGUUAGCUCGGCGCACUCGGCCUAUGCCUGCCCCGAGGGGCGUCUGGUAGGCUCUCUCCUUCGCCCUCAGCUCGACCCUCAUGAUAGAUAAGCUCAGACCCGUGCCCUUUGCGUCGGAAAUGGCGAUCAGCAAGACGGUGGCGUGGCUCAACGAGCAGCUGGAGCUGGGCAACGAGCGGUUGCUGCUGAUGGACUGCCGGCCGCAGGAGCUGUACGAGUCGUCGCACAUCGAGUCGGCCAUCAACGUGGCCAUCCCGGGCAUCAUGCUGCGGCGCCUGCAGAAAGGCAACCUGCCUGUGCGCGCGCUCUUCACGCGCGGCGAGGACCGGGACCGCUUUACCAGGCGCUGCGGCACCGAUACCGUGGUGCUCUACGAUGAGAGCAGCAGCGAGUGGAACGAGAACACGGGUGGCGAGUCGGUGCUCGGGCUCCUGCUCAAGAAGCUCAAGGAUGAGGGCUGCCGGGCGUUCUACCUGGAAGGUGGCUUCAGUAAGUUCCAAGCCGAGUUCGCCCUGCAUUGCGAGACCAACCUAGACGGCUCGUGUAGCAGCAGCUCGCCGCCCUUGCCAGUGCUGGGACUCGGGGGCCUGCGGAUCAGCUCCGACUCCUCCUCGGACAUUGAGUCUGACAUUGACCGAGACCCCAAUAGUGCCACUGACUCGGAUGGCAGUCCGCUGUCCAACAGCCAGCCUUCCUUCCCGGUAGAGAUCUUGCCCUUCCUCUACCUGGGCUGUGCCAAGGACUCCACCAACCUGGACGUGUUGGAGGAGUUCGGCAUCAAGUACAUCUUGAAUGUCACCCCCAACUUGCCGAAUCUCUUUGAGAACGCAGGAGAGUUUAAAUACAAGCAGAUCCCUAUCUCGGAUCACUGGAGCCAAAACUUGUCCCAGUUUUUCCCUGAGGCCAUUUCUUUCAUAGAUGAAGCCCGGGGCAAAAACUGUGGUGUCUUGGUGCAUUGCUUGGCUGGCAUCAGCCGCUCGGUCACCGUGACUGUGGCUUACCUUAUGCAGAAGCUUAAUCUGUCGAUGAACGAUGCUUAUGACAUUGUCAAGAUGAAGAAAUCCAAUAUUUCUCCCAACUUCAACUUCAUGGGCCAGUUGCUGGACUUCGAGAGGACACUGGGGCUGAGCAGCCCCUGUGACAACCGGGCCCCGGCUCAGCAGCUGUAUUUCACCACUCCCUCCAACCAGAAUGUCUACCAGGUGGACUCUCUACAAUCCACGUGAAAGGGCCCCAUACCCCUCCCUGAUGGGUUGUGGCCAUUCCUUCAGCAGUUUCCCUUGGCAGUAUCAGCUGGGCUGCUUUGUUUGUGUGUGGCCCCCAGGGUCAAAAUGACACCAGCUGUCUGUAUCAGAAAAGGUUACCAAGUACGGAAUUAGUUAUUACGAAGUGAGAGAUUUGCACCAUUCCCUAUGGAAGAACAGGACAUGCAUACAGGCAGUAGUUUUGCUCUGUACCCAGGUGUACAGCCUACCCAUGCAGGGACUGGAAUUCCAGAACUUCCAGGUAUAUAGGGUAGGACCAAGUGGUAGGGUAGGAGCAUGUGUUCUUAAGGCCUUCUAUGGCUGUUUCCUUUGCAUCUGGAACUGACUAUAUAUUGUCUUCAGUGAAGACUGAUUCAAUUUGCAUAUAAAGGAGCCAAAGAGAGGUUUCAGCUCUGUAUUUGUGGAAUCGGUUUGGGGGGAGGAAAAAAAAAAAAAAAAAAAACACCUGAUAUUACAUUUGAUUAUUGUAAAUAUUUGAUCUGAAAUUACUCGACAGUGUUUGAAUUGUGUUUGUUUUUUCCUUGAUGGGUUUAUAAGAAAUCAUCCAAAGGGAGAAAGAGCAGUAUACCACUUAAAAUGAAAUAGAAAAGUUUGCUCUUUUCCAAUCCAAAGGGUGUAUUUGUAGCAUGCUCAACUUUACCAGCUCUGAGUGACAUUUUCAUGGACAAUAUUACCACUAAAACCUUGUUAUGGUGCAGUCUUUAGUCUUUUAUGUAUCUUCCUUGUGAUUUUUUCCGUCUUAAUGUAGUUUGACUAUGCCUUACUUUUGUAAAUAUUUUGGCUUGUCUUGUCUCAAAGUGGAUAUCUUGGAAAGACGCCAAAAUCAUGGGCUUGCUUUUUUUUUUUUAAACUUCAGCUGUGCUAUACAGCAUAUUACCUCUGUACAAAAUUCUUCAGGGAGUGUCACCUCAAAUGCAAUACUUUGAGUUGGUUUCUUUCCUUUUCUUAAAAAAAAAUUGUAUGAAACUGGAAGUGUGUGUGUGCGCACGGGUACCCACUUGGUAAGUGAAAUGCAUAUGAUUGUGAAGAAGGGAGAGUUAAAUUGCUCCAUUAUGUUCAUGAUGUAAAGUUUUGAGCUGGAAUUUAUUAUAAGAAUGUAAAACCUUAAAUUAUUAAUAAAUAACUAUUUUGUCUAU